AUGAACAUCGCUCUCGAAUCCUCCGAUCUAGUGGAGAAAGGACCCCUCUACCGAUACCGGCCGCGAGUUACGCUGGAAAUCGGCAUUUACAAGAAAGGGCUCAACGACGCGCACAAGCGCGAUUCCAUUCUCGCCGAAUUCCUCGCUAACGUAUCGACCCUGGACGUCAAGAAACUGCACGUCUCCAACGCGGUGGACUGGUCAACAUUCGAGCGCGCGUUUGGACGACAUGUCUUCACCUCCGCGCACACCGUCUUCCUCGACUUUUGCGCCGCGGCACUCAUCUAUCGCGCGAAAGCUGCUCCCUCCGACGGGUUCCCUGCUCUGCGCCACCUAGUCGUGAGCAAACAAAGGCAAUCCACCCAAGGACAAUGGAGAGAAGCGUGGAACUACUUAACGCGGCUGCUGGCCCGGGCAACGGACCCAAAGUUAUCUGUACGCAUGUUGUCCAGCGACGCGUUCAAAUACGGAACAAUCGGUUUCCCGAGAAUCGAUGCUCAAGGUGUAGCGCGCGCGCUCGAACUAACGUCCAGCUUCAUCGAUGAGCGCCUGGAGGGGGACUGUGCCAGGUACAAAGUGCUCGAGAAAUAG